AUGUCGCCAUCCAUUCACACACUUUUUAACGAACAUUCAAUUCCCCGAGGCCUCACCCGAAUUCCCAAAGACCAGCAGAAACUUCUGGACCGCCCCGAUUCAUGGUCUAAGGGCAAUCGUCAUGAGACAGUCAAUGUGCCCGCACGUGUACUUGAAGACGUCAAAAACUUGCACACAGCUCACACUCUGCCGCCCCCCGCUCAAAAACAGCAAGACCCCGUCUCAAGCGGACUUUCUCAGCCAGAGCCAACACGACCAGCAGCAGUUGACAGCUUGUCGGGCGAGGAUGACGAUAAAUCGGAUGCUUCUUCUGGCCCGGGAACGCCACUUGGUUCCUGGUCACAAUCCCCUGAACCAGCUUUGCGUCCACCAAGACAGGAUCCCUCAUCUUCGCCUUCAAUCAAAUCACAAGUUGAGAUAGAAAGUCAAAUCCCUGCACUAUCAGCAGAAGCGGAUCUUCCGAGCAGUCCCCCUCAAGGCCUGUCAUCGCCCAUUGUGCCGGCCAUAGAGCGCUUCAGCCCAUCUAAAAUGUUGCCUCAGCCGGCCUUGAAGCGACGUCGCAUAGAGUCAUUCCCCUCAAGCAGCGCUGGGCCAGAUGAUGAGUUGGAAACGUCCAUUCCUAGUGCACUUGUUCAAGCAACGUCUCCUAUAAAUAGGGUGGCAGCACAUUUAAUGGCAGCCACCGAAGCUGCCACCAGUCCGCCGUGCGGACAGGGUAGCAUAAUACCAUCUACUUAUAAUGACACAAGAAGCCAAGCCAAGCCAUCAACCCCAAAAGAGAAGCGGAAAUUUAAGGCAAUCAGUUGGUCGCCCGAACAGUCUACUAGAGGUCUUACGUCCGACACAACCCUCGUUCAACUACCUACAAUACCAUUCUCUCAGCCGGAAGAGAAUGUUUUGCCAGCAUCUUCAGGCCCACUUAUUGACUCGACAUUCAAGGCUGCCGACGCGGAUUCAUCAUUGCAAACACCGCACAUUAUCUAUGAUAGCCCUGGCAUGACCAGAACUCUCCGCAAGGAUCAACAAGUUAAGUCUAAUCUGUGUUCCGAGCCCGGACCUCCCGGUUCAGCAUCAGACUCGGAUGUCAACAACAAAGUCACGGCAGGAGGAACCACCAACCUACAUGCAGCCAAGCCAAUGGUAAACCUAGGCGAGCCCUCGCUGUUAAAAGAAGAGAAAUAUAAACAGGUGAUCGUCAAGUACUUGGAUAACACAUGGGGCGCUGAGGAAUCUCAGUGGCUCCCCACGGCUAUGCAGCAUCAUCGGUCACUACUGUCAAGAAGCAGUCUUGAGGUCUUGCGGAACCUUACCAUGAUGGCUAUCAAUGGUGGCAUCAAGCUUGCAAGAUUGUGGUCCGAACCAGAUGGCCCUCUUUAUCACGCGGCCUCUAAGCAGGCCAAGGGGAAACUCUCAUUCCCUGAGGAUCUCAACCACGAGUCGUUUGACUUCUUCCAAGCUGAGACUUUGCGGCUAGCGAAACAGAAUAGAAAAGGUGCAGUAGAUGCCACAGCACCCCUGCCACCACAUGUCACACACACGACAGCCUCUGACCAAAGUUAUGCUGCUGCUGCCGGAACGGGCGAAGGCAGUCUAUCGAUACAAACUGCACAGUCGCACCUCUCCAGACCAAAGACCGUGGAACAAUUUCCACAAGAUCCCCUAGAGGCAUUUCGAAACGCUUAUCCUUCUUUCUCAGGGAGUGCAAAAGACUUUGUCGACGCCUGCGUUGUGAUCGAAGGUCUUCGUCGUAGACAUGCACUGCCCAAAUGGUUGUACGACGACUUCGUUCGUGCCUAUGUGGAAGGCUACAUUCCAUAUAUGGCCCGUACUGAUUCUGGCAACGAUGAACGACCACUUUCAACCAUUCAGUGGUAUGUUGACGCUGUCGAUCGCCCGGUCUUCCAGGAGGGCAUCAUUACAGCUGAAAGCCUGAACCAGGUAUUCAGGAUCUACCCAAAUGAGUAUAACUCUGCAAAAAAGACGAUUUCACAGAAGCUGUCACCAUCGCCGACCGUUGAAAAGAAGGCCGCCACGCCGUUGGCGGAUGUACCGAUGGAAGAUAUACAGACGCCACCAGUGACAUUAAAUUCUGGUCCAGUUCCUGGCCAUCUUGCGAAGUUUCCCCUGGACACAACCAUAAUGUCGGUUCAUCAGCUGAACUCUCCACUCCGGCGUCCCUCCAAAGAUAUGCCAAAUACGCUAGGAUCUAAGCAGGUGGACAUUGACGAACAGCCAGAAAACAUAUUGGCCGAACAGCCAACCCAGAACAAUAUUAAUGACAAGAAAGGCAAACAACGAAUGACGAGCGAAGACAUUCAGUGUAGUCAGGGCGUGUUGGCAUCCGCGCCAAUUAUUCAGGAUCAACCACCAACCACACCAAGGGAUAAUGACGCUGUCUUCAUUUCCAGCACCCGAAGACCUCAACAAACACAUUCAAGGGCAAAUGGUCUGGAGAACGAUGUUAAGCAUGAGAGGCGGACUUCUUCGGGCUCGCUUGCUCAGCCUGCUUCACCGAAACUCACCCCCGUCAAACCAAUCAAUGGUACAAUGUCGCGGGAUAGCCGCAUUGGAAGCGUGCUAGAGACCCCGAUCCCGGCAUCGACAGCCGCUGCAACUCCGUCUCGGAGCAACACGACGUCGACACCAGAGAAAACAGCCGUACGUCGAACUUUGCCGGCUUCUUUCGAUUGGGGCCCUCGUUCACGUGCGCCUCCAAGCAGUCCAGCACGAAGUACUCUCUCCGUAUCAACCCAGGACAAUCGCGUUAAGAAGGCCAAGAGAACACCACAAGAAAGUGCGAGGAGGCUCGAGGAAUACAGACAAAAGAUAAUGAAGCUGAACAAGGAGGGGCGUCUCCAUCAGCAGGGCGGAGGUAGUUAG